AUGAACACCAGGCAGGCUCUUAGGCUACGGGUGGUGCGAGUAUAUCAGAUACCUGAGAGAAGUGAUCCAUCUAAGAUUAGAUCAAAAGAGAUAGUUUUUCAUGAUGAAGAGGGUUCCUUCCUGCAUGCUCAUGUACCCAAAGAAUAUGUGGAUAAGUACCUAAGUAAUUUUUUUGAAGGUUCAGUUUACGCUAUAAAGAAUUUUUGUGUGAUCACUAAUUUCUACUCAUACAAGACCAGCCCACAGAAGUACAUGAUUAAAUUCAAUUAUCAGACUAUGGUAAAGGAUUUAAAGAAUGCGAAGUUUCCUAUGAAAAUGUAUCGUCUGAAGUCAUUUAGGGAGAUCAAGUCUAAUGAAGGCCUUGAUGAGAAGCACUUCUUUGAUGUGAUUGGUCGAGUUAUUGAGAUUCACUGCCCACAGGAGAAAUUGAUUAAUGGGAAGAACUCUAGGCUGAUUGACUUCACCAUUGAAGACACUGAUGGUAUACAAUUGAUGUGUACUUUGUGGGAUGAACACGUAAGCAAGAUCGAGGCAUUCUACAAUUCUACUUCACAAGAGCCUUUAUUGGUGUUGAUCCAAUUUUGUAGGGCUAGGGUGUGUCUAAAAAGCAUUCCUUUGAACCUCUCCGGAGGACGGAGGAGAGAAGGCGAGGCAACAGAUGAGAGAAUGUCCGCGAAGGUGCGGGGAGGGGGCGCGGCGGCCCCCGGAGGCGCCGUCAUAGGAAGGCGAACAGAAGCGGAAGCGCAGCACAAUUUGCAGAGUGAUUUCUAUCUAACCUUUUUAAAUUUCUAUCUAAUUAGUAUCAGUCAGGAACAAACUCCAAUGCGCAGUAUUAUUUUGCAAUCGAGUUUUAAGGAAUGCAGCUCAUAUUCAGUUUCCCUAUCUGGUGAUAUGGAAGUCCGUACUAUCAGUGAAAUAUACAGAGACAAGGAGUUUGGAGAUUUUUGGGUGGCAGCAAGGAUUGUGUUCAUUGAUGAUCCUGAGUGGAAUUGGGGGGAUGGAACCUUGAGGUACAGGGUUAAAGUGAGGGUUGUGGACUUGGAUGGGAAUGCUCUUUUCCUUCUAUGGGACAAGGAGUGCCUUGAUCUACUUGGUGUUAGUGCAGAUGAUUUGAAUUCUUCCCAUACUAAGUUCCAAAACUACCUUAAUGCCUUCCCUAUUAUGAGGAUCAUCACUGAUGAAAAGGUUGUAGAAAAGCAUGCACCAGAGCUAGUUGGAGUUAGGGACCGGGACCUCAGUUCGAAAUUGGAGUUGGAGCUUACAGACGAUGAUCUAUGGGAUCUAGAGGAAAUGACCAAGCAAAUGAAGCUGAAAGUCCUCUACAAGUUGUUGCACAGAGGCUGA